AUGUGUCGCGGCGGCCGCAUGUUCGCUCCGACGAAAAUCUGGCGCCGCUGGCACCGCCGCAUCAACGUCAACCAGAACCGCUACGCCGUCACCUCCGCCAUCGCCGCCUCCGCCGUUCCCUCCCUUGUCCUGGCUCGCGGCCCCCGAAUCGAGUCGGUGCCAGAGAUUCCUCUCGUUGUUAGCGAUUCAACUGAGGGAAUCGAGAAGACCUCUUCGGCAAUCAAAGCUCUGAAGCAGAUCGGAGAAGACAAUAGAGAUGAAGCAAUAAGGUAUGAGGAAAAUGUUCUGAAAUUUCAUUUCUGCAAAAGGGUUCCUUCUUGCAUUCAUGCACUUUCUGAAAAUGGACUACAAUUAUGGGUUGGUUGUGAGGAACAUCAACUAAAAUUGGACUGGCCGACAAGAAAAAGGAUAUUCUUAGGGAUAGCAAGGGGCUUAGCUUAUCUUCACGAGGAAUCAAGGUUGAAAAUUGUUCAUAGAGACAUUAAGGCCACGAAUGUGUUGCUUGAUAAGGACCUGAAUGCUAAGAUAUCUGACUUUGGUUUGGCCAAGCUUAAUGAAGAAGAGAACACCCAUAUUAGCACGCGAAUUGCUGGAACAAUGUGA